CAUAACGUCAACGUUCGGGCCGAGUAUUAUGGUUUCACCACUUGGCUAAUAUCUUUAUUCAAGCCCCUUGACUUGCGAAAGCAAGCUCGUCUGUGUUGCGCUCACAUGGCCAACAACCGUGUGCCGAUUAACUACCAGACACCGCCGUUCCCGUCUCUCUACGAGCUUCUACCGACGAGCGAGUCCAGGGCUAGUUAUCUAUAUUACACAAAAGACAUCUGGCGAUUCACUUUCUAUUGGACCUUUAUCUUCUAUGGGGGAAGCCAUUUGUUAGUAGCAGCGUGGGCGGUAGCGAUGCAAUGUCGGAGCUGGAAAGCUUGUCUAGCUGUACCCGCAUUCUACCUGGCGAUUGGGGGGAUAGAAGCGCUUCUAGCCGGAAGUAUCGUCGGUCUGGUUGUCGGCGCUGUCUACGAGGCAGGAAACUUCAGAAUGUCCACGUGGAUCCCCCUUCUAUGGGGUGGUAUCAAUGUCUUGGUCCUCAUAUUAUCGAGUUUCCCGAUGCCAGGCGGUCUAUGAAGAGAACAAAUCGAGGGUAAACUAAUCGUUCAUGCCAUUCAUCAAGUACAAACCCACCACGAAUCCUUUGUAGGAUAUGCAUUCCGGAUAUGCAGUUAUGCCGGGUUAUGUAUCCGAGUCCA